AAGCGUGCGCGCAACAUUUCCAUUUCAACCUUUGACUGACACGCCGCCGCCCUCCCGUCUUCGCUGCCAAUCCCCUCCUCAAAACCCUAGGCCCAUCGCCGCCGCCGGCCGCCAUGGCGCCGCCUCGCUCCACCGCCGCCCCUCCAGACCUCCCUAUCCCCGACCCUACGGCCGUCGACGAGUUCAAUCUGCAUCUGCUCCACGCGGCGAGCGAGGGCGACCUCCCGCUCUUAAAGGCGCUGGUGCGGGCGCUGGAGAAGAGCACGCGGGAUCCCAGGGAGGUGCUGGAUGCGACGAGGGAGGAAGGCCUCGGGGCGCUGCACAUGGCCGCCAGAAUUGGGAGCGUCCCGGUGUGCAGGUACCUGGUCGAGGAGAUAGGGGUCGAUGUGGACGCCGACGGCGAUGAAUCCGUAACGCCUCUGCUUUGCGCAAUGUUUGGUGGAAGCUUGGAUACUAUCCGCUAUCUUCUCGAUCAUGGGGCUAAUCCAGACAAAGUUGUCGGCGACCGCUUCACCCCGCUUCAUCAUGCCGCUGGAAUGGGAGACCGUGAAAUGGUGGAACUCUUGCUUACAAAAGGAGCUUCUGUUGACUCAGUAUCUGUCAGUGGGACACCAUUGCAUAUCGCUGCCUUCAGAGGGCAGGAUGAAGCUAUGAAAGUUUUAUUGGAGAACAACGCAGAUCAUAACAAGAUACUGCCUGGUAUUGACACCCCCCUUAUUUCUGCUAUAACUGCUUCCUCAGUGAAAUGUGUCAAGCUCCUGGUUGAGGCUGGUGCUGAUGUCAAUGACGAUCUUGUACCCCCUUUAGCUGCUGCUGCGGAUAAAGGCUUAACUGCAUGCUUGAAAUGCUUACUGGAAGCUGGUGCUGACCCUAAUGUUCCUGACCCCUCGGGUAGGCUGCCAAUAGAACUCGCUGCACUGAACGGUACAAGGGAAGAUGUUGAGAUCUUAUUCCCUGUAACUUCUUGUAUUCCAACUGUGCAUGAUUGGAGCAUUGACGGAAUAAUACUUCAUGCAAAGUCAGUGUCUAUGGAACAGGGUGAUUAUUCAAAUGUAAAAAGAAUAGACGAGCUGAAGUCACUUGGGGUUAAGUCUGUCAAGAGAAAUGAUUAUUCUACUGCGGCAACAGUGUACAGUGUGGCAAUAGAGCAUGACCCUCAUGAUGCUACCUUGUUCUCGAACAGGAGCCUUUGCUGGCUCCGCAUGGGCGAUGGACACAAUGCUUUGCAGGACGCUCUUGCGUGCAGAGAAAUGCGGCCUGGCUGGCCAAAGGCCUGCUACCGGCAGGGCGCAGCGCUCAUGUUAUUGAAGGACUACGGGGGUGCACGUGAUGCUUUUCUGGAUGCAGCCAAGUUGGACCCGCAGAGCUCUGAGAUCAAGGCUGCGUUGCGUUGGUGUUGGAAUUAAACAUGCAGGGAAGCUAUGAAUUCCUUGGAGAUAUCCGAUGGCGCAACAAAGACCACUUGAACAGUAUGGAACUGGAGUUCCCUGAAUCGGCCUUGUUGUUUCAUUGGUUAACUUGGUGAACCAGUAUGAGGAAAUAAGUAGCAUUAGGGAUCGAUGGAGGGCACUUUUGUCAUUUCCAGCUGCUGCCUUGGCUCUUUUGUUACCUAUUUUCUUUUACUUUGGUGAAAAAAAGUAGCAAGAGAUGCGUCGACCUAGUCAUCAGUGGCUAAGUAGACGAGAAGAUACAUGGACCAAACUCCAAAAGAAUAUGCAAGAGAAGAACCAAACAAUGCAAUACUAUCUUUCGUACUCAUGUAGUAAAGAAGUGGCCUUGGUCAGAGCCUCAGAGGAGCUAUUAAUCGUC